GUCCCGGCCAGUUGUCCCGCCACUCUGGUCAUUGGCUGCUGGGAAACCUGACAAUCCUGUACUCUUGUCUUAUUGCAUUAAUUUUCGCGUACUAAAGUUUGCCUCAACGACGUUCUUCAAACAGCUGAUGUUUCCCUUUGGCUAGUGCGGUGGUGUCUUGCUGGAACAUUUCAUGUUUUCCCUAGCAGUUUGUUGUGUUGUCAACUUUUUCACAAAACCAAUGGGCUCCUGGUUGCAACGAAUUUACGGCUGCUGUACCAGCGCUGAUUGGUGCUGGUGGCCCAGUUCAAGGUAAACACAUUUUGUUGUUUGUUUUUUUUUGUGAAAACAAUUUCCAUAACUUUAGUGGAAAGGCAACAAUAAUCGUAACUCGUAAGCUUGUCGGCAAUAUUGUCAACAACUUAUUUUCUUUUUCUGCGUCUUCGUGAUUCACGUAUCGUGCUUAUUAUGGACGAUGGAAGAGGGGGGGAAUUCGUGUUUAUGUAUGUAUACACACACCACAUAUAAAACCAAGGACGCCCUUGCUAGCGGCGAUAUUAAUUUCGCUACCGACAUGCCAUACACCCGCAUUUUUUAUUGCGAUCGGUGCCUUCCUCUUUUGACAGUUUCAGAGAAAUGAUUUGCAGCCAACGGGAAGAAAAUACUAUUGGCUGUUGUUGUUGUACGGCAAUGUUUCAUCCGUUUCCCUGAUAAUGGCACCAGUCGCUAUGAAACCAAUAGAAAAUGGUGCUUUAAUUAAAAAAAAAAAAAGGAAAGAUCCCAACACCUGUUGCCCCCGUUGUUAGCGGGGCCAAGAUGAAUAGAGUUGAGUGCUUUAAGUAAUGUGUGCAUGAAGUGAUGAUUACCCCUUUACCCAACGCUGCCCGCGGGAUAACAUCUGGUCGGAGAUGUCGCCAGCUGGAUACAAGCCGGUUACAUCGUUUCUCCAAGACUGCUGCUGUUGCUGCUCUAUACCUAGUGGCUCUUCCCAUUAGCGGAUGCCCGAUUGCAUGUGUGUUCUCAUUUCAUCCGCCCUUCCCAUUUCCUUGCAUCUUUCUUUUCUCUCUCUCUCUCUCUGGUCUCACUCUUUUGCUAAUAUGUUACACGCUCUGCUUUUCCGCUUUGUGGACGUAUUUCACAGGAAGUAUAAUCCAGCAGCGGCAUCUGGCAGAGACGACGCCGACGACGACGCUCUGAUUGAGGCAACUAGCAGCUUCGACGCAAACAACGGGAUCGCUAUCCUUUCCCGCGGCAAAAUUAAGUAUGUCAAGUCGGGAGCGGUGAAUCAUACGGGAUCUACACAUAUCGGGAUUCCCAUCAUCGAUCCGUUGAUUGGCCAAGAUUACAACAGUUCACGACCGGAUCGGCACAAUCAUCAUCAUCAACAAAGGCAGCUGUUCGCCCAACUUCAUCAGCACGCUCGACUUUUGGUCAACAAGAACAUCUUUCACUGGCAUCAGCAGACGCACCAUCAACAUCAAUGGUGGUGGGAUUCGAGCACUCCGCCCUCGUCCGUCGAUCUCGAAUGGGAACACGAAGGUUUGAUGCCGCCUGUGGUGGAGUCGGCCAGUGAGGAAGGAGAUCGCGACCACGACGAUGUAGAUUUGUACGACACAGCCGAUGAAGGAGAAGAAACGGGAGCGGAUAGGACAACGGCCGGAAGAAUAAUUCCAAGUAGCGACCGAAACGAUUCGAUUGUACAUAGAUCUCCGUCACCUGCUUCUGCUUGCCACUCUCUCGAAUGGGAUUCCAAUGGCGACGAUUUCUUUGGUCACGACUGCCGACCAACACCCAACAUCAAGUCUUUCUCAUCGUAAAUGAUCCAGAAUUUUUAAUGUUCUACUUUGUUUUGUUCUAUCGCAUCAGGAUGGGUGGUAGAUUGAAGAAUUCAAACGACGAUUUUUGGAAGUAAAGAGAAUAAAAUACUGGAAGGGGAUCAAGAGAUUUUUCAAAUAUCCCGAAGAGCAUCAGAGAAUCCGAAAUGUCAUUUUGAAAAAUCCAAAAUCGGAAAGGCAAAAAAAUAAUAGAUGACGACCUGCUACUCUUCCGCUCUUCGUGUUUUCCAGAUCAAUAAGGCACCAGGCAUUAAAAGAGUGCAAGCCUCUUUUUUCUUUUUUGUUCUGCUCUCUUAUGGAACAAUCGAUCCGCACGUUCCCGGCGUCAGAGAUCUACCCCGUAUAUAUAUACAUGUGUGUAUGUGUGUGUGUGUGUAUGUGUGUGGUGGCUCCUGUCGGCUUUACACACGGUCAUGGAUGGCGAUACACGGGCUGCGAUGUUCAGCUGAACAAACUCGACACCUCCGCGCGCGCGAUAUCAUCCGAGAAUAGUGCCGGUGAUCAAGCGAUUCCAAGGCCUUAUAUAUAUGAAUGUGUGUCUUUUCUGUAGGUAUGUAUGUGUAAUUGAGUUGUCUUCCAUCUUUGCCUCGGAGAGGUAAUCAGAAUGAUGAACCCAAACGGUUAGGAAAUGAACUGUCGUCGCUGCUAAAAAAGAAAACGGAAGCAAAUCGUCUUUCAAAUGUCAUAUCAUUAUUUAGCGGUGCCCCGUGCUCUGAUAACGUUAUGCUGAACGAAUGUUGGCGCUUGUUUGAGAGAAUCUCUUGGUACCAAUAGAUCCGUAUCGCAUUACGCUGUGUGUGUGUGUGGAUGGAUUGUGAAUGUAUGGUUUGUUGGGAGAGAGAAAAACAAAAGUGGAUUAUAGUAUAAAGUACGCCCAGUCUAAUCGAUUUUUCAUCAAUCUGGAACGGAUGGCAAGAAAGAAAGUUGUUGGCAUCAGUUGUACGGAGGGGAGGGGACAUGUUAUCAUUUUGUUCUGUCACAUCAUCUUGAAUAACGCAAAUAUAAUCGAUAAUUUGA